AUGGUGAUGACAAGAAGAUUAAACUUGUUAACAUCGCUCAAUUAUGAACAUGUUGUUAUCGGAAAUGCUGAAAACAUUAAAAUUUUAGAGGAAAUCGAUUGCCUUUAUUUGUGGAACAUUUUCGAAGCCACCAGACUUGCAAUACAUAGUAGAAACAUAAAAGAAAUUAAAAAUCAAAUCUUGCAUCCAAAAGCUAUUAACAACAUUUCUGUUAAUUGUUGUACUGGCAUAAAUAAAUUGCAUGAAUUUAUAUUACUGGCGUCAGAUUUGAGAAAUCAUAUCGGAAAUUCAUGUCAGCGUUUGAUCAUCAGUUCAACGUUGCAGAAACAAUCUGAAGCAUACACUGAAGGCGAUUAUGAAUGCUAUCAUUUAAAACAGCAUAAAAGUUUUGUAUCAUGUUUCAAAGUGAUGCGUUAG